UGAUCCUAUCUGAGCCUUCCGAAAAGCUUUUACCAUCAGAAUUAGACGUCGUGUGCGCUGCUCUUCAUGUGGCGCUCAAACGAAUGUUAAAACACAGAAACUGAUAUAUAUCUAUUUGCGUGCAAAUACAGCCGGGACAUGAAGGUUUCUCUGUUAGCUGAUCUCUCCGAAGAACACAAUUCAACCUGUGGAUAGUGUGGAGCGCGUCUGUGGCCACCGGUCAGUCUCCAGCUAUUCGGGACGCUCUGCCUCCAACCCGCUGUGCGCUUCUUUUACCGUUGGCUCCGGUCAGUGUCGGCGUGGGAUCCGGUGUUCCGUUUGACCUAAGCUGUGUGCAGGUAUUCAGUUUAUGAAUGGCCCUGACAUGGAGGAAAUACCGUUUCAGAAAGUCAAAACCAGGCGGAAGAGAAGUCACUGUCCAACGAGAGUCCCUUUGACCACCAUCGCGUGUGAGGACGAGUUCGACUGCAAGGAGCUCGAGUCCCUCUUCCAGAACUAUAACCUGAAGCUGGAGCAGACGUCCACUCUCAAAGCCCUGGCCGUCCUCAUCUUCAUGUCCUCGACACUGGCCGUGGUGGAGUUGCUGUCCGGCCCCAGCCUCACCAUCUCCAAGGGGUCCCAUCCGGUCCAUUGUGUCAUCUUCGUCUCCCUGUUCAUCGUAACCAAUGUCAAGUACCUGCAAGUGACUCAGCUACAACAGAUUGUUAACCUGACACUACUCUUCGGCUUUACCUUCUCUUUCCUCUGCUGUCCCUUCUCGCUGGGGGCGAUGGGGAUGGAGCCGCCGACGUCCCCGGAGCAAGGCGUGUGGCAGCUCAUCCUGGUCACCUUCGUAGCCUAUGCGCUCCUACCUGUGCGGACACUCUUGGCAGUUGUGCUUGGAAUAAUGGUCUCCAUCUCGCAUAUGAUUGUGACUGCCACUUCUGUCACAGCAAAAACACAGAAACUAUGGAGAACGUUGGUUGCCAACACUGUGCUGUUCACCAGUGUCAACCUGUCAGGGCUGUUUGUGCGCAUCCUGACAGAACGAGCCCAGAGGAAGGCCUUCCUGCAGGCUCGCAACUGCAUCGAAGAGAGACUUCGCAUGGAGGAUGAGAAUGAGAAACAGGAGCGCCUGCUAAUGAGUCUGUUGCCCAGGAACGUAGCUAUGGAGAUGAAAGAGGAUUUCCUGAAGCCCCCAGAAAGGAUCUUUCACAAAAUCUACAUCCAACGCCAUGACAAUGUCAGCAUCCUGUUUGCAGAUAUAGUCGGUUUCACCAGCCUGGCUUCCCAGUGCACAGCCCAGGAACUGGUUAAACUGCUAAAUGAGCUGUUUGGAAAGUUUGAUGAACUUGCCACGGAGAACCACUGCCGCAGGAUCAAAAUUCUGGGGGAUUGUUACUACUGCGUGUCUGGACUGACCCAACCUAAGACUGACCACGCCCACUGCUGUGUAGAGAUGGGUCUCGACAUGAUUGACACCAUAACGUCAGUAGCAGAGGCCACAGAAGUCCAGCUAAACAUGCGCGUGGGCUUGCAUACAGGUCGGGUGCUGUGUGGAGUGCUCGGCCUCAGGAAAUGGCAAUAUGAUGUGUGGUCCAAUGAUGUGACCCUAGCCAAUGUGAUGGAGGCUGGAGGACUACCUGGGAAGGUCCACAUCACCAAAUCUACGCUGGAGUGCCUAAAUGGAGAUUAUGAGGUGGAGCCUGGAAACGGCCACGAAAGGAACGCCUUCCUCCUAAAACAUGAAAUUGAAACCUUCUUUAUAGUGCCAUCUCACCGACGGAAGAUAUUCCCAGGAUUGAUUCUUUCGGAUAUAAAGCCCGCCAAAAAGAUGAAGUUCAAAACUGUGUGCUACUUACUUGUGCAGCUUAUGCACUGCAGGAAGAUGUUCAAGGCUGAGAUUCCCUUCUCCAAUGUCAUGAACUGCGAGGACGGUGAUAAGCGGAGGGCCAUGCGGACCGCUCCUCAGAAGCUGAGGAAUCGUUCCAACACAAACCAGGCUAAUGUGGUCCAGAGCAGCCCCAGAACCCGGGUCAACCGUUACAUCGGCCGACUAAUCGAGGCCCGCCAGACCGAGUCAGACACAGCGGACCUCAAUUUCCUCACACUGAUGUAUAAGUGCUCUGAGCGCGAGCAGAGGUAUCACCAGGUUCCGGAUGAGUACUUCACUAGCGCAGUGGUCCUCUCCCUGAUUCUAGCUGCCUUGUUUGGCCUUGUCUAUCUUCUCAUCAUACCACAGGGCACAAUGGUACUUGUCCUUCUCGUCUUCUGCAUCUGUUUCCUAGUAGCUUGUAUUAUGUACCUGCAUAUCACUAGAGUACAGUGUUUUCCAGGUUGCCUAACCAUUCAGAUUCGCACUGCUCUCUGUAUUCUCAUAGUGCUCUUAAUCUACGCCGUGGCCCAGACCUGUGUGGUGGGCUGUAUGCCCUGGUUGUGGGGUAGUGCCAACAGCAACAGCUCCAUCGUCAUCAUUGAUGUAGACAGCGGCGCCAACCACACCAUGGCGGAGCUGCCUUGUGACGGUGCCGGCUACGCCUUUCUGUCCUGUGUGUUGUGCACACUCACCUUGGCACUUUUCCUGCGGGUCUUCUGGGUGCCUAAGAUGGUGCUAAUGCUCCUUCUGGGUGUGCUGUAUGUCACUGUGUUGGAACUCAGUGGCUUUCGCAAGGCUGCAGGUGGGGGGUCUUUCCACAUCCGAGGCUAUGAGCCCAUCCUGUCUCUGUUGCUCUUUGUCAGCGCCCUGGCCCUCCAUUCGAGGCAACUUGACCUCAAGCUACGCUUGGACUUCUUAUGGGCUGUGCAGGCGGAAGAGGACAGAGAUGGCAUGGAGAAAGUGAAGCUGGACAACAGGAGGAUUCUCUUCAAUCUUCUGCCUGCACACGUGGCUCAACACUUCCUAUUGUCGAACCCAAGGAACAUGGAUCUAUACUAUCAGUCCUACGCACAAGUUGGUGUCCUAUUUGCCUCGAUCCCAAACUUCAAUGAUUUCUAUAUUGAGCUGGAUGGUAACAACAUGGGAGUGGAGUGCCUGAGACUACUGAAUGAGAUCAUUGCUGAUUUUGAUGAGCUCAUGGAUAAGGAGUGCUACAAAGACAUAGAGAAAAUCAAAACCAUUGGCAGUACAUAUAUGGCAGCUGUGGGCCUCGUCCCCACCGUUGGUACCCAGGCCAAGCAAUCUGUUUACCACCAUGUGAGCACAAUAGCAGACUACGUCAUUGAGAUGUUUGACGUUUUGGAUGAAAUCAACUAUCAGUCAUACAAUGAGUUUGUGUUGAGAGUGGGUAUCAAUGUGGGUCCAGUAGUUGCAGGAGUAAUUGGGGCGCGGCGACCUCAAUAUGACAUCUGGGGGAACACAGUCAAUGUGGCCAGCAGGAUGGACAGCACGGGAGUACCGGGAAAGAUACAGGUGACUGAAGACGUCUAUCGCCUGCUGAGUUCCAACUACGACCUGGUGUGCCGGGGCCAAGUCAGUGUCAAGGGUAAAGGUGAGAUGCUGACCUACUUCCUGGAAGGCAAGGUUCAGGGUGUAGGCACCAUAAUCACUUCUUCGGUGGUGCGUUCCGCCAGCCUGGCACGCCGAAUCCACUCCUGUGGCAAAACGAGCAUCCCGACCAAUCUAGUCAGCAACAUGCAGAUGAACACUUCCAACAGCAGCAACAGCCAAGCCACAUGUCUGCCCUCAUCCUGUGUGCCCUCAGUGAGUAAAGAGGAUGAGGAGGCCAUAGAGGUGACACACAUUGAGAUUGAGGCUGUGGCAGAUGUGGCAGUGUAGGAAUAAAGAAAAAACUGCAAACUUCACUGAAAAAAGGAAGGGAAACCCUGGUUGGAGGCCGUGAGAAGACAGGGCUGUCCAGGUGUUUCCUAUAAAUCCUGAGCUACUGGCACAACCCGGAAAAUGCUUAUUCAGGAUAUGAACUUCCGGAGAAAUUACAUGGUGAUACAGACCCUGUUAUGGAUUUUGAACUGCUUGCCACUAUUGGAAAACAAAACAAUGAGUGAAGAAGGAAAAUACCCGGAAUCUCAAAUCCUUUUUUAACGUCUCUAUAACAGAUGAUUUGAUUUGUGGUGUUCCUGGGUUCCCUCAGAUCCAGGUAUAACGUGCAUCUUUGUUUUCUAUGUAGUACAUAUUCAAUGUACAAGAGAUAUGUGCAUUGAUAUCCAGAAAAAAGACUGGUGAUCAUGCUAUUGCUUUUGCACUGUCUUUCUGAUUAUGCCAAGGAUACAUUGCAUUAUUUACAGUGUAAAA